CCUUUACGCACCAGAAUAGUCAGUGCCUCCCUGCCCCCGACCCCAAAAGCGCACAAACAAGAGGAUUUAGAGGACUCCAAAAGAACAACAGACAACAGUAAAGAGGGAUGAUAAACUUUUAAGAACUUUUUUAAAGAAUUCAUCGUCAGUAACUUUUUUAGUUCAGGGAUUUUUGCACGCUGCGAAUGAGGACACCCGAAACGCUAAAAAGAAAUGGCACACCUACCUCUGACAUGUCUCCUGGUUUUGGCCUCAGCACAUGCAGUUUUCUCCUCCGGCAUGUUUGAGCUGAAGAUCCACUCUUUCCACACCGCGCAGCGCAUCUGCAGAAGACACAGAGACUGCCACAUAUUCUUCCGGAUUUGCCUCAAACACCCCGAGGAUGUGAUCUCCGCGGAGCCGCCGUGCACCUUCGGCACCGGGCACACCAACGUCAUCAGGGCCGACCACACGUCGAUCUCCAGCAGCGCCCCCAUCAGAGUGCCUUUCCACUUCAAAUGGCCGGGGACGUUUUCGUUGAUCAUCGAAGCGUGGAACGCAGAAUCACCGACAGAAUACACAGACAAUCAGAACAACUUAGUGAGCCGUCUGGCGACCAGGAGGAGACUCGCGAUCGGCGAGGACUGGUCCCAGGACGUGCACUUUGGUGAGCAGAGUGAACUGCGCUACUCCUACCACGUCUUCUGUGACGAGUACUACUUUGGAGACGGCUGCGCAGAUUACUGCAGGCCGAGGGACGACACGCUGGGCCACUACACCUGCGACGAGGAGGGCAGCCGCGUCUGCCUGGAGGGCUGGAAGGGAAACUACUGCUCUGAGCCCAUCUGCUCGGCGGACUGCAGCGAAAGGAACGGCUACUGCGAGGCCCCAGGGGGCUGUACAUGUCGUAUGGGCUGGCAGGGCCCCUCCUGCACCGAGUGCGUCCGCUACCCAGGCUGCCUCCAUGGGACGUGCGGCCAGCCGUGGCAGUGUAACUGUCAGGAGGGGUGGGGGGGCCUCUUCUGUGAUCAGGACCUGAACUACUGCACCAACCACAAGCCGUGCGCCAAUGGUGCCACGUGCUCCAACACGGGGCAGGGCAGCUACACCUGCACCUGCCGGCCCGGCUUUGGAGGAACUAACUGUGAGCUGGAAACCAACGAGUGCGACAGCAACCCCUGCAAGAAUGGAGGCAGCUGCAACGAUCUGGAGAACGACUACUCCUGCACCUGCCCUCAGGGCUUCUACGGUAAAAACUGCGAAAUCAUUGCCAUGACUUGUGCGGACGGCCCCUGCUUCAACGGCGGCACCUGUGUGGAGACGAUGACAGGAGGCUACACCUGCCGCUGCCCCCCAAGCUACACGGGCUCCAACUGUGAGAAGAAGCUGGACCGCUGCAGCAACAGGCCCUGCCUAAACGGUGGUCAGUGUCUGGAUCUGGGCCACGGCAUUCUGUGCCGUUGUCAGGCAGGCUUCAGCGGUGCCAACUGCCAGGUCAACGUCGACGACUGUGCCUCCAGUCCCUGCCAGAAUGCUGGAACCUGCCAGGAUGGUGUGAAUGACUACACCUGCUCCUGCACGCUGGGCUACACUGGCAAGAACUGCAGCGUGCGCUCAGACGCGUGUGGCGCCCGUCCCUGCCAGAAUGGAGGCACCUGCUUCACCCACUUCACUGGACCUGUCUGCCAGUGCCCUAAAGGCUUUAUGGGCCCCAGCUGUGAGUUCACACUACAGCCCAGUUUCAAGCCCGCUCUGCGCCAAGCCCCCCAGUCCUCCUCGACCACCGUCACAGUGUCCUGCUUUCUGGCCAUCCUGGUCCUGGUUCUGAUCGCAGCCAUCCUUUUCCUACGGAGGAGGAAGAGGAGGAUGGAUGGAAGAAAGCAGCUGAGCGACAUUGCCGUUUACAACGACUUGGAGACCGUCAACAAUCUAGGGGGCAGCGAGAGAGAAGCUUUCCUGUUUCCCAACGGUCCGUUUAAGAUCAGCAACAGCACCGCCCGCCUCAGCCUCUCCCUCUGCCCCGACAGCAGGUCUGGGUUCAGACACAACCCGGUGGAGAGCAGGGCUGACCGUCAGGACUACAUGUGGAGGGAGGAGGCCAUGCUGGGCUCCGGAGCAGGACUCAGAUGAGAUGGGAAGGACAAAAUGAAAUAUUUCAGCACUUGCUGGCUUUCUCUCCUGAAGGGAGGAGCGAUCACAUCGACUGAUGGAGAAAGCCCCCAUUGGACAAAUGACUCAGAGGGUUUUAAAGAUCACUCAAAAAAUGCAUGUCAUGUUUUAGUUCCAAAGAAACAAUACGACCACCCACUGCUGACGGGACCUACAACACAAACCAAAAACAGGAAGUAUCAGUAAGGACCAUUUCCCCCAAAUUAUUGCAUUAUUUGGUUAGUUUAUUUAAAAAAUGUUCCAGUAGUUUUUUAAGGCAACGCUUAUUGUUUUGCUUUUCAAUCUUCCUUUGACCAUUAUUUCCUUAUUGUUCGCACCAUCAUUUUUUAUUGUUUAUAUUAUUUAUUUAUUUGAAAGGCUGUCUUUGCCGUCACCUUGACUGACACAGAUGUACAGAUAUAUUUAUAUGAUGCUGAGUGUGUGGAUGCGUGGAAUGUCCCAAAGAUGUUGCGUGCUGGGAUUUAAGGACGAAUGUGCUUUAUCAGGAAAAGUCUGCCAUCGCUGUAUUUUACGUCUACCUUCUGAGCGAUUUUGUGCCAUUUUGUGUUCAUGCCAAAGUUUGACUUUAAAUACAUAUUUUCAUUCUUUUAUUGCAGUUUUCAUGUUUUGCCUGUGAUGUGGAAUAAAAACCUCUCUCUUGUGUGAA